UGAUGCCACGGUUCCUCACACGACUGGCUUGACGCUGUACAUCGGCUGCUUUUUACCUGCGAUGACGAAAGUAACUGCGCAAGUGAUCAUUGCAGCUGUACUCUUGGCGUCAGCCCUGGCACAGCAGGAAUGUGGAUCCCAUGAGACCAAUGCUUUCGAGGUCAUUGAAAAACUGCGACACACCUUCACAGGGUUUUCGUCGGAUGAUAAAGACACAUCACUUUUAUGUUCAACAGCCGACCUUACAUACUACAACGAAGAGGCAGGGGAAUUGCAAUACACGUUGCAUGUACCCGGAAUCCCAGGGGAAGAAAAGCAGGAUGUCACUUUGGACUACAGCAAAACUACGUCUCCAGACGUGCUCAAUCUGAUAAUAAACAACGACACAGAUCACCAAUAUACAGCCAAAAGCCUGUACAGUGACUUCAAAACAUGCUCCAUCUUCAAGUAUUACGGCGAAUACGAAAAAUGCAUUAUGUGGGUGGCAAGAGGAUACGAGGACGCUGUACCCGACCUGUGCAUACAUGAAUUUAAUUGUGCCUGUGGCCCCGCCGUUCCUUUGUAUAUCCCACAAAUAUGCAAGAAAUGAGACAAGGGAAUAAACAGGAUGAAGGCAUUGUGCACGGUCU